UAAUUUAAAUUGGACAAAAGACAAGACAUUCCUGAUUAUAAUGCUCCUGAGUUGUUCACCUAUAUCGGCUGCAAUGGAUAAAGUCGCUGACGUUGGAGGGACGGUGAUACUCCCGUGUCAGGUGGAGAAUGUCAAUAUGUCUCAGGCCACUGUAUCCUGGCAAAAGCAGGUGGGAAGCAAAGUCGUGGUAUAUUGGAGGAAUGGGAAUGUGGAGCCCGAACAUCAAAAUGAGGAAUACCGGAACAGGAGCCACAUGUCGUACAGUGAAUUCCCGAAGGGAAACCUGUCGCUGAUAAUCUGGGAUCUGCGUCUGAACGAUAGUGGAGAGUAUGAUUGUUUCGUCAUAACAGACCAGCCAGCAACUCCUGAUAUAUGCAGGAUCACUCUGCAAGUGAACAACCCUACAACAGUGGACCCGAUAACGGUGGAUUCUAAUGGGGCCAUCCUGCAGAAUCAAACAGGUAAGAUGUGACCGAAAUGUCACUCCAGGACCCAACAGUGACCCUGAAAUGGAACCCAAUCAGUUACACAUACCCCCAGCACAAGCA